AUGGUAUCAAAAUUGCAACAAAUGGUGACGGCGGAGGACUUGGAGAAAAAGGAUGUGGAUGCUCUUGAUAUCGACAGCAAUUCCAUGCAUUUUCCUAUCAAAGACAACAUAUAUGAUGAUUAUUUGAAUUACGUUAUCCCCUUGACUAGUUCUCAUAAUUAUGAUCACAUGUGCUUUAAAUGUGAAAAACUAAGGCAGCAAAAGCCAAUAUAUGGAAUUCAAUAUUGUCGUAGUCGAGCAAGUGACAAUGCAAAAGCGCAAAUGGUAACAAAGUCCUCAUUUUUAUAUGCAAGAAUACUCUUCAGUGCAAAUUCAGGAUGUAACCAAGUUCCAUUCAGAUUAAACCUCUCGAUAUCUCAUUCAAAAGCAAACUUUAAUAAUUUAUCAUUACCACUUUUCGCCAAUUGCAUGGUGAUUAAUUCAGAUUCAAACAGUGUUGAUUUGUCGGGUAACCCAUACUUCGCAAAUGUUAAUAUUUCAGAACAUUAUAUCAAAAAAGAACAACGGCUAGCCUUUCCUGGCGAUAGGCGUAACUUCCCUGGUUUUGAGAUACCAAAAGAUGGAAUUCUAAAACUUGCAAUAGAAACUAGUGAGAAUGUGUCACAAAGUGUUUUUCAACUUUCCUUUGAUCUUAGCGGCCUUGAAAAAGGAAAUCGGAUGAUACUUAAAUAUACAAUUUUUAAACGAACCCAAUACACUGUACAGGGAUCGGAACAUUUGAAGAUUGUUAAAUUGAAUCGAAAACUUAGUGAAAUAGAGAUCAAAGUGACCCAUUUGGAAAAUGCAUACUAUUUAUACGAUUCCGCAAAUAUGCUCUUCCAUACAAGAAGCAAUACUGCCAAUCGUUAUCGAUCACCUCUUCUUGUAAAAGAAUUAAAUUCAUUGGAUAGAAAAAAAUACCCUGAGCUUGAUGAAAAGGAUAUUUUGAUCCCUUUUAAGAUCAAGAAUAAUGUUACAAUGGUUCAAAGCGAGCAGUAUAAGCUCGAUGUUGACUAUUUUAUAAGAAAGUGCGAAUUCUGCGAUGAAUCCGACAUCCUUUAUGCAUAA